AUGACCUCUUCAACAUCUGCAAAUAUCGAACAAACGGUUCAACCUCGAAAUUCUGAGCCGGCAAAACUUAGCAUUUAUACAGGUCCAGAAUCCUCUGAAACGAAAACAUGGUCAAAGCCACUUCCUACACCGGAUUUUUUGAAUCUUGGGAGGACUCCAUUACCAUUUCCUCCACCACUUAAUCGAGAAAUGUUUUCUACUCCCGAUUUCAAUAGCGAUCGUUUCCUGGCAAAUAGACGUCACUUAACCUUGGACGAAUUGAAAAAAGAAUUGAAUGUGCAUUUGAAAAGUUUGAAAAGCGAACUUGUGGAAAUGAUUAAUAGAGAUUAUGCUAGUUUCGUGGAUCUUUCCACAAAUUUAAAAGGUGUGGAUAAAGUCAUCGAAGAAGUUGCAAGACCACUGGGAAAAAUGAGAGAAGAAGUUCAGGCAUGUCAUUAUGGCUAUUUAAAAAAUGCCUCUAGCAUUUCUUUUCACAAUGUCCGUACAACUUUUCAGAAUGUUGUGGAUUCAUUAGAAAAUCAAUUAUCUCACCGGGCCUCCAUACGAGAAAAGAAGGCUUCUUUACAACUGCUCAUUAAUAUCCAUGAAUCUGUCCGUAAAGUCGAAAAUUUAUUGUUAAUUAGUAGCGAGAGUGCAUCAUCUCUUUUAUCGAAAGACGAUAGUGGAAACAGUGCAAAACAAAUCGAGCGUGUGGCAAUUGAAUAUAAUCAGAUGCAAUACCUGGUUAGCAAAGGGAAAGAUCUACCUUUUGUUGCGAAUAUUGAUUGGAGGAUCACUAGAAUAAAGGAGACUUUGCGUACAAAUUUAUCAUCUGCUCUUCGAUCUGCUUUGCACAGCGUUAAAAAUCAAUCAUACGAUGCUUCUUCAAAAGAAACUUUGACCCAAAUUUUGAGGACAUAUGCCUUGAUUGACCAAACCAAAUCUGCAGAAUCAGUGAUAAGAACAGAAUUGGUAGCUCCAAGCAUCAAUGAAAUAGUUAGCAGACCAAUUCUUGAAAAUCAGACACAGCCAAUUCCUUAUACAUCUGCUAUAUCUUCAACGCGUCCUGCCACAAAAGCUUCUAAAGCUCGCUAUAGUCUGCAAUAUUCAAAAGAGCCUUUAGCACUUAUGUAUAACCGAAUUCUUAUGCUUAUCAAUACUGAUUGGUUUAUCCUUUUGGAGAUUACCAGGAAAAUUCUUAAGGGGACUAGUUUUGAAAUUCUG